CAAGUCAGUCCCGAAUCCCACAAUCAAAUGUCCCUCUUACUACAACAGUUUUUGGUUGGGUGGCUGCUUUGAAGGCGAAGAAUGAUUCGAUGGUCUUAAAAAAAACAACUUAACUUACAUUACAUCUAACCACUGACGGACCAUCCUCGACUUCACCAUCCUCCACACCACUCCUUCAAGAAAGAUGCUCCGAACAGUAACACUCACAAGUGAUGAUGAUAUAAACAACCAUGACCACCAGCUCGAAGAAGAAGAAGAAAAAGAAAAAGUACUCGAACAUCUCCAAGAAGACUCCGAGGAGGAGGAGGAGGAGGAUGCAGUGGUUUAUCGAUCAUCAGACCAUCAACUACUCAUUCUCGGCCAGGCUUCAAGUGAUCCUCAAGAAGUACAACCCUCUCCAGAACCACUUCUGACUCUUCUUCUUGCCAACACUAGUAGUCAACAGCCCAAUCU